AUGUCGACAAAUUCAUUCCAUGACUAUAUGGAUUCAAAAUCGAAAAUGAAUACGCGACAGCUGUCAGAUGACGAAGAAUUCACUACGCCUCCUAAGCUGAGCAAUUUUGGGUCAGCUUUACUUUCGCAUACUGAAAAGGCUUCAACAUCAGAGGCACUGUCAACCAAUAAGAAUGAUAAGAUAGCAAAUCCUGUCUUUGAAGAAAUGAAUAGAAGUUCCUCGAGAAGUCAUCCCCCAUCAUCAAUGGGUAAUUUGACAUCCGGUCAUACUAGCACCUCUUCGCAGUCAACCUUAUUUGGACGAUACCUAAGAAAUAGCCAUCAAACAAGCAUGACGACAAUGAACACUAGUGAUAUAGAGAUGAGUGUUGGAAAUAGCCUUGAUAAGAGUUUUGAGAGGAUAAAAAACUUACGACAAAAUAUGAAAGAAGAUAUUACAUCAAAAUAUGCGGAAAGAAGAAGUAAAAGAUUUUUGAUAUCCAAUAGGACGACCAAACUAGGGCCUGCAAAGAGAGCGACCACAUUGAAAAGCGUUUUUGAUGACGAUGUGGCUGACUCUUCUAACCAACUUAUCAGCAUUUCUAGAGAGACAACAGAAUCACCACUUGCAGAUUCUUACCAAGCAGGAUUUAGAGGAACGAGGAAGAAGGAUAUGAAGUACGAGUCAAUAGAUUUCGAGGAUUUAAAUCCUAUUCAGUACAUUAAAAAACACAAUCUGUCAACUAGCGAUCUUCCAAUAAUAUCUCAAAUUUACUUCGAUAGACAAAGGGAAGAGAAUAAACAGGCGGCACUUCGAAAACAUAGUUCUAGAGAGUUACUUUCUAGAAAUAGAUCAUCUUCCACUUCUCUCUCUAGCGGUAACUCAUUGGCAAACAAGGACGCUUCUAUAACAUUCAAUAGCAGUUCUCAACCAAGGCGAAAAGUUUCUACGGGAUCAUUUUCCUCCAAAUCAUCAGUCGAAAUAAGAAAAACUUUCAAAGAAAAUGUCAAUGCUAGUAAUAUCAACAGUCCCAACGGCCCAGUUCAUAAAAUCUAUAAAGAAAUUUCACGAAAUAAAGAUCCAGAUUGCGAAAAAAGGGAAGUACUCCGAAAUAUAAGUAUAAAUGCAAACCAUGCCGACAACAUACUCCAACAAGAGAACAAGAGACUGAAAAGAUCAUUAGAUGAUGCCAUCAUAAAUGAAAAUGAAGAUGUGAAUGUAAAGAACCAAGAGGUAUUUUAUCACCGGCCAGCUCCAAAACCCCCCGUCACCAAAAAAGUUGAAAUUGUCGAGCCUGCUAGAACAGCUACUUCAUCAAGCAAUAGAAACAUGAUCACAGUUAAUGAUUCACAGUACGAAAAAAUAGAGCUUUUGGGCAGAGGCGGAUCUUCUAGGGUUUAUAAGGUGAAAGGAUCAGGCAACAAGGUAUACGCGCUAAAAAGAGUAUCUUUUGACGCAUUUGACGAUUCAAGUAUUGAUGGGUUUAAAGGAGAAAUAGAACUUUUAGAGAAAUUGAAGGACGAAAAGCGUGUAAUCCAACUACUUGAUUACGAGAUGGGGGAUGGUUUACUGUACCUAAUAAUGGAAUGUGGUGACCAUGAUUUAUCGCAAAUUCUUAAUCAAAGAGGUAAUAUGUCCCUUGAUUUUAAUUUUGUUAGAUUUUAUGCAAAGGAAAUGCUUCAAUGCAUCAAAGUAGUUCAUGAUGCUGGCAUUGUUCAUUCCGAUCUAAAACCUGCAAAUUUUGUUUUAGUGAAAGGUAUUUUAAAAAUUAUUGAUUUUGGUAUAGCAAAUGCGGUGCCUGAACAUACAGUGAAUAUAUACCGUGAAACUCAGAUUGGCACUCCAAAUUAUAUGGCGCCGGAGGCAUUAGUUGCUAUGAACUACACACAAAAUAAUGAUAAUCGACAUGAUGGUAACAAAUGGAAAGUGGGAAGACCAUCUGAUAUGUGGUCAUGUGGUUGUAUCGUGUAUCAAAUGAUUUACGGGAAACCCCCAUAUGGUAGUUUCCAAGGUCAAAAUAGGCUUUUGGCUAUCAUGAAUCCCGACGUGAAAAUUCCAUUCCCUGAGCAUACUAGCAAUGAUGAAAAGAUCCCAAAAUCUGCCAUUGAAUUAAUGAAAGCGUGCCUGUACAGAAAUCCAGAUAAAAGAUGGACCGUGGACAAGGUGCUAAAUAGUACUUUUCUCCAACCUUUUAUGAUAUCUGAAUCAAUUAUGGAGGACCUUAUCAGAAAUGCUGUUAGGUAUGGUUCCGAAAAGCCUCAAAUAUCGCAUGAUAAUCUAAAUGAUGUGGUAGAAACUGUUUUAAGGAAAUUUGCGGAUUACAAAAUUUAG